AUGUGUGGCAUAACCGUGAGCAUCGCGCUGGACCGGCGCCAACGCCAGCCAUGUACGCCAGAAACCCGCGCAGACCUCGAGACAAAGCUUAGCAAUAGUCUUGACCUGAUCGCCCAUCGAGGCCCCGACGCAAAAGGCAUCUGGAUCAACGAGGAUGCCUCGAUUGGCCUCGGGCACAACCGCCUCUCCAUCAACGACCUCUCCCCGUCCGCCAACCAACCCCCCCUCUACCAGGUCUAUGGCGCGCCCGCCUUCCUCAACCACCUGCGCGGGGAGUUCUCCCUCGUGCUCUACGACGAACGCGGCGGCGGCGCAAACGGAGGAAAGGUCGUGCUGGCGCGCGACCGCUUCGGCAUCAAGCCGCUGUUCUGGACCGUUGGGGAGAGGACGCUGUUUGAGGGGGUGCGGAAGGUGCUGCCGGGCGGGUGGGUGGAGGUGGGGGCUGAUGGGGAGAUGGUGACGGGGACGUAUUGGGAUUUGGGGUAUCCUGAUAAGAUGGGAAACCAGGACGCCACCAAGCGAAUCUGCUGCUUCAGCAUCGAGUUUCCAGACUCCCGGGCUUUGGAUGAGUCGGACAUCGCCGAGAGGACGGCCAACUGGCUGGGCGUGCAGAUCCUCAAGCAGCGCAUGGACGAGACCGCUCUGGCCGAGAACUUUGCCGACACGGCUUACCACAGCGAGCACCACAACAUGGACCUCAACGCCGUCGGCAAGUUCUGCCUCUCGAAACUGCCGCGCGAGCACGGGUACAAGGUGGUGCUCACGGGCGAGGGUUCCGACGAGCACUUUGCCGGCUACUCUUUGUUCAUCCCCGACAUGCUGCGCGAGCCGGACCUGGCCACGCCCGAGUCGCUCCUGGCCCGCGACCCCGAACUGCGCGCAGAAUUGCAAGACAAGACGCAGCAGACCAUCGAGGGGGGAAUGCUUUCGCGGUCGGGCAUGAUCCAGCGCGUGGGCGACCCCGAGGCAUACCGCGAGCUCAACGGCGUCCGGAUCAUGAGCUGGAUCCAAGCGUGGCACGGGGAGCAAGCCCAGACCAAUGAGAUAUCGGCCGCCGCAAAAGAAAAGAUGAUGACGAAGUGGCACCCGCUGCACGCGUCGCAGUACAUCUGGACCAAGACCCUACUUGCCAACAACCUGCUCACGUGCCUGGGCGACCGCAGCGAGAUGGCGCACAGCGUCGAGGCGCGGCCGCCGUUCCUGGACCACGAGCUGUCCGAGUACGUCAACGCGCUCCCGCCGAGCGUCAAGCUGGCGUACACGCCCGACGCGGAGAGCGCGGCGAAAAAGUCGGGCACGCCCUGGGACAGCCGCGGGUCCAUCACCAACUCCUUCACGGAGAAAUGGAUCCUCCGCGAGGCGGGGAAGCCGUACAUCACGACGGAAUUGUACGAGCGAAGGAAGCACCCGUACUUGGCCCCGAGCAAAUGGCCCAAGGACGGGCCGAUGCAUAGGAAGCUGCGGGGGAUCUGCACGCGAGAGGCGGUUGAGAGGCUCGGGUUUGUGGACUGGGAAGUUGUGAGGAAGGCGUUGGACAAUGCAUUCGGUGAGGAUGCAGAUAACGUGGCGUUCAGAGUUCUGGUCGUCGUUGGAGGCUGGGUGACGAUAGGCGAAAGAUUCGGCGUCCAGCGUGCGGAGCUGAGGUCAUAA